AUGACUUGGCCCGACGUUUCAGUCAAGCCCGCUGAGGGCAUCUCAUACUUUUCCCCUGCCCAGAGCCCUCCGGCAGGCACAGCUCGCGACCCCCAGACGAGCGGAAAGCCCAUUCCCAAGCUGUUCAAGCCUCUCACCGUUAGGGGAGUGACCUUCCAGAACCGACUGGGCCUUGCGCCUAUGUGCCAAUACAGUGCCGAUGAUGGCCACAUGACACCCUGGCACAUGGCUCACUACGGUGCCAUUGCCCAGCGUGGACCCGGAAACAUGAUUAUUGAGGCCACUGGCGUUGUUCCUGAGGGCCGCAUUACCCCCGGCUGUGUCGGUCUCUGGAAGGACUCCCAGAUCGCACCCCUUGCCCAGGUCAUUGAGUUUGCGCACAGCCAGGGCCAGAAGAUCGGUAUCCAGCUUGCUCAUGCCGGCCGCAAGGCCUCGACCGUCGCUCCUUGGUUGGGCGGUGUUGUCGCUAACAACUCCGUUGGCGGCUGGACCGAUAACGUUAAGGCCCCUAGUGCCAUCCCCUUCGCCGAGGGUGACCCUAUGCCUAUUGCCAUGACCAAGGAUGAUAUUGAAGAGGUCAAGGCCGCAUGGGUUGCUGCUUCCAAACGUGCUGUUGCCGCCGGUGCCGACUUUAUCGAGAUUCACAACGCUCACGGAUAUCUCCUUUCGUCUUUCCUGAGCCCGUCCAGCAACCAGCGUACUGACGACUACGGUGGCAGCUUCGAGAACCGCAUUCGUCUCUCCCUCGAAAUUGCUCAGUUGACUCGUGACACCGUCGGUCCUAACAUGCCUGUCUUCCUUCGUGUCUCUGCUACCGACUGGCUCGAGACCAGCAAGCCCGAAGAGAAGGGCUGGAAGCUCGAGGACACUGUUGAGUUUGCUCGUGCUCUUGCUGCCCAGGGUGCUAUCGAUCUCAUUGAUAUCAGUACUGGUGGUGUGCACGUUGCCCAGAAGAUCACAUCUGGUGCCGGCUUCCAGGUUCCUUUCGCGGCUGCUGUCAAGGAGGCCGUCGGCAACAAGCUGCUCGUUGCUGCCGUUGGUAUGAUUAACAACGGAAAUUUGGCUGAGAAGAUCUUGAACGAGCACGAUCUCGAUGUGAUCCUUGUUGGUCGGGCUUUCCAGCGUGAUACUGGUCUCGCAUGGCAGUUCGCCAAGGACCUCGACGUUGAGAUUGCCAUGGCUGGUCAGAUCCGCUGGGGUUUCACCAGCUUCCGCAAUGCAUCGGAGUAUAUUCAGCCUAACUCCAUGAAGGCCUGCAUUUUUGAUUAG